AGGCAGCGUUGACGAAACUGGCGUAUGUCCUAUCAAAGAACGAAUGGGACGUGGAAACCAAGCGGCUAAUGAUGGAAACCAGUUUGCGGGGUGAAUUGACGGCUGGUCGGUUACCCAACAAUGGAGAUCGUGACUUAUUGAAGGCUGUGGAAAAAUCUCUAAGAUUAUCUUCGACCGAGGAACUUCAAGAUGUGAAAUCAUAUUUGCUUCCGGCUAUGAUGAACGAUGCAACGAUUAAAAGCGACAUCAUGAAGCUCAAGCAGUUAAAAGAAUACAAUGCGGACAUGACGCAAGGAAACGCAGAGGGUCGAACAGCUUUGCAUAUAGCUUGUUGCGGAGGAAAUAUAGAAGUCGUUCAAUAUCUCUUAACGAUAGGCGCAAACGUGCACGCUAAAGACCGGUUUGGUCACACGCCUCUCAUCGAUGCGAUCGAAAAUGACUAUCACGAGAUCAUUUCGAUGCUACGGACAUGCGGCGCGCAACUCCAUUGGGAACCUCGGAUAAUAAGUGACAAAAUGUGCGCGGCUACAGUCGUGGGAAACAUCAAACGCUUGCAAUCGUAUCGUUUAGCUGGCGCCAACAUAUCACAAGCAAACUUUUCUGGACAAACACCAUUACAUUUCGCAAUACUUCACCGUCGUACGAAAAUAAUUAAAUAUUUGCUAGAGUACGGCGCUGACCCACGCUGCAUUGAUAUGCUGGGACAAACCCCGGCAGAUCUUGUGAAAAUCGCUACAAAACUUUCAAAGCGAAUAAAUGAACAGAGUAAGGAGCAGAGCAAAGCGGAAUUACUAAUGCUAUUAGAUCUUUAACAUUCCGUGACAUUAGACUUUUGAAUUUAUUUAGAGGGUUUAUAUUAGCAUACAAAAAACAAAUAAUUUUGCUGCUGCAGUAAGACAAGAAAAACAGUAGAACAAUACAUUUGUAGUGAUAAACAAAACAACGUAUUAUAGCGAAAACAGAAUUUUAUUGGCAUAACUAUUUCUGCAAAUUA